AGAGACAUGGUUUCGAGCAAAAGAAACGCACAAGAACCAAAAGGAAACGGACAAGACACAAACAACCAUUGAACUACAAGAUGGGUUUCUUUCGAUACAAACGGAUUGCAAAGAAACGGAAAAAAUGGGAACCCGUCAUCAACGAUGCGGAUUCCGUUUCUGGAAGCGAUGGUGGCAGUUUCGUGGGAAUGGAAGUCGCUGUGGAGAAACGGGCGUCGAGAUUUCUUGCCGUGCCAAACCCGAGGAAGGAGACGGCACCGAAGAGUUCCCGCAGUGCCGGGCACGGUCGCAGUGGAACCCCGAUCCGCGACGGUGGAGAGAUCCAUCGAUGCUGUCCAACCAGCACCGGCAGCUCGGACGAACACGGAACCGGAAACGGAAACCAACACGAGGACCAACCCGAGCUCGAGUUUUCGUCGUCSAGCGGAUCGUCGGUGUGUUCCUAUACGRYCUUUCCUCCCGUCUCGGUCGCCGACACCGGGGACGCCGAAGCAGAGUUCGUGGCCACCACCGACAAUCUUUCGUACCUKAUCCUYAACCUGGAAACCGCGGUGGUGGUCGGUGCCAGCGAGCCGCUGCGGGCGCUUUCGAUGCUCCUGGCCCUCGCCGAGMRGCAGCCCCAAGGGCACACUGCGGGCCGGAGCCGCGGGAGCGUCUACCGGACCCGGCUGGAAAUGGUCCGCGCCGAGAACGGGAGGCUCGUUCCCGUCCUGCUGCGGUUUCUGAACCGCUGCAUGUUCCACAGCCGAGAGCACGACMUCRCCCUGCUCGUCCUGAGCAAGCUGAGCCUUCCGCAGGAAAACAAGGAGGUGCGUGCGGCGUCCGAACCGAUCUUUCUCGAGUGAUUGCGAUCGAUCGAUGCUUGUGUGUCCAUUCGUCUCGAGUGAUUGCGAUCGAGGUGUUGAUUGUGCGAUGGAUUGUUGCUAACAGUAUUGUUUCUUCUGCACGACUUCUUGGCGCAGUUGAUCGCCAUCGAUUUCAACGGGGCCGAGAUUUUGGCAAAGCUCUUGUGUGAAGAUCCAUCCUGCCACCUGGUUGCCCUCGUGCUGGUAAACCUAACCUUUGAUGCAACGCCUCUGGAGGACAAGGUGAACACCGCUAUCGAGGUUACAGCGCAGGGAUCCAACAGCAACGAUGACGCUAUUGAUGUUGUCCAAUACGAAACKGAUGGUGGCAGCAACGACCUGUUGGAUGGCGAUUGUGACUGUAGCGACGGGUCCUCGCUGCGGAAAAAGCUUCUCGGCAUGAACGAAGACAUUGCUCUGGUAGAAUCGUUGGCCUUUGCCCUUCGGGUUUCUUCCCUGACCCAGGAGGAAUACGACGCACGGCAGGCUACGAUCGAUGAUUGCAACUACGGCGAAGAAUACUUGUCCCCGGCAACAAAGCUGUCCGUGCUCAUGGCCAAGGACCAGCAAUUGCGGGCACGAAAGAAGGAAGAGGAACAAGAAAAAGAGCAACGAGAAGAGUACGAGCGAGAACGAGAGCGAGGUCUACAAAAACAGAUAAGUGCAGACGAGAUUCUUCGACAACUAAAAUUCAACGAGCAAGAGCUCCAAGUAUUUGGAUCCAUCGGCAGUCCGCCAAAGCUCAAAGAGGGUCGGCCUCGCCCUUGCCAACAACAACAACAACAACAACAACAUGAUCCCUCUACCGUGCUCGAGGAAUCCCUUCACAUGUAUCCCGAGACAGCGAAGUGGUGCUUAGUGGCGCUGAGGAACCUCACUAAACCAUCCAACCAGAAUGCAACAGCGGCACACGUGUUGAUCAAGAGCGAGAUAUACUCAUUGAUUGUUCAAUAUGUUGCCGUGGUAGCCGCCGAUGACACCAAGGAUGCGCAACACAAGCCCGAAGUCGCCGAAACGGAUUUGUGCAACCAAAUCGAUAACAAUUUUUUGAGUGCGUCAUAUGGUGGAAUUCAUGUUCGCAAGAUCGCUAGUGACCUCUUUACCGAAACCGGUGCUGCGACAGGGCACAAUGACGACCGCAUCAGCAAUCUUGAGCUCCUCCAGUCUAGAAAUUCUCCCUGCUUGUGGGAUUGCAACUCCCUGCAGGAUGCGGCACUAUCCGUGGUUUUCAAUCUAGCGGCCUCCUCACAAUCGAGGGAGUACAUGAAUGAGCCGUCCACGGUCAAAGUCUUGUCAAUGAUUGCCGAAUACCCAAGGCUUUUUGGGAGAUCGAAUAGACUCAAAGACAGCUUCGCGAUGGAACAGAACCAAGUGGUAGCAUUUCAAUCCCUCAAAGCGGUAGGUUGUCACCAAAGGAACUUCCCGAAACAAGUAAAUUCGCUCCUAUGCAACAAAUUUCGAUCAUUUUAGCCGAUCACUCACACCCCUCGAUUGUCUUGCAUUGGCUUCCUACAGAGAAUGGCCCUGUCAUAUUUGGUCGGCUCUCAGGGACAUUUUGGGCAAACGAAGCUUCGAUCGUCUGCUUCGACCGUCCAAGCCAAUGCCAGCGAUUCGUCUUUGAUUAUGACACGCGAUGACAUCGUACUUUUUGCUGAGCUAAUCGCAGACACAAUGUGUCAUCGAGGCAAGCAGUGGCCGGGCGCAUGUAAAUUCAUGUUAGGAAACUCCUGCUUGAAUUGCGUUCUCUCCUCGCUCCGAUGUCUGUUGACGCACACUGCGAACCAAGAGAGGAUCGCGAAACUCAUCGGUGUCGAUCUCAAUUCUCUGUUGAUCAAUGCCUUGGCACAGUAUGCCCUCGAGCCAUCCACCAGGUGCAUGGAUUCAGAAUCUGCAGAGCAUGCGGUUUUUAGUUUGUACCUUUUAUCCAACCAUGGUCUGAAAGGGACACCAUUUCUCUCACAGAAAUAUGCUCCUGAUCCUGCAAGAAGCAAGGACAAGGACUAUGGUUUGGCUGCAAAGAUUUUGUUUUCAUACUUGAGUUUGAACGAAAUUACACCGGCUGGGCAGCACGCCGCACGACAGCUCUUGUUGAGAGUGAAUCACCUGAACUUUCAGAAGAAUUGCAGUCUGGUACGUUGUUGUUGAUUUGCAUUGAAUAUGAAUUUCCCCGCUUAUUGGAGAGGAAUCGUAGUACCAUUCUCUGUUUUCCAUUCUAAUAUUUCGCUUCUGAACAAAUCAAUGAUUACCCGUAAAUACAUCGAAAUGUGGACUUGCCGAUAGAAAAUUCCAAGUGUUGUCUCACCAGCUGAUCUCGAGAUCGACUACAUUUUGUUGGCAAAGAUUGAGCGUGUCCAAAUCGCAGAUUGGAAAGAUGGAGCCAAACCUGAAUCCUCAAUUUUUCAUCGCUCUCUUCUGCGAUGCCAAAAACCACGUGAUUGGGAACGUCGAUUCCCAUCGAAAAAUAGCAAAAGGACUAAAAUCAAAUGGGAUGAUCCAUCAACUGUUUUUACGUUUGCAAAUGCUCUGGUUGCAGUUCAGCAAUUGUCGUAUGGGAGUUUGAAAGUCCAUCAUUCCUCCCCCGACUUGAUUGACGACAUCGCUAUCGCUAAUGAUAUUGCUCGCAGUGCCAAUAGUGAAAGAUCUGGGUGCUACAACUUUUUGUGGGCUUGGGAAGAUGUCAAGAUAAACGCCAGUGACGAUUCAGAUCAUAGUAUUAUACUCGACCGAGUCUCGCACACAAAAUGUCUACUUCGUCUUCCAUCUAUCGGUGAAGGCAUGUGCUUGUCUCCUCUGCGUCGUUCACCAUGCAAUAGCGAUAGAAGUAGCAUCAAAAUCGGUAGCGCUUUCGCCAAAUAUACGUAUGAUGAUGAAAAAAUAUCCUUCCUGCAACUCUGUUGCUCGACAACAAAGCCCUCCGACAAGGGUACAUCGGAAAUAUGAAAACAGUUACAUUUCUUACUUUUUGGCAAUGUGUAUCUCUAAUGCGAUCGUACGGUACUGUGAAUAACUUUCGGUGUAGUGU